AUGUUCAAGUUGAGGUUCAAUCCCUAUUAUAUUCUACUUAUUUGGCUAAACUUCAUUUCUUACCGCAAUAAUUUCUUCUUCUUUUCUUCUUAUUUCUUCUUCUUCUUCCUCCUCCUCCUCCUCUUCUUCUUUUUCUUUCUCUUCUUCCUUUUCUUCCGCUUCUGCUUUUUGUUCUUAUUAUUUUCUUCAUCUUCUUCUUCUUGGUCUCCUCCUUCGUUUUUCUUCUUCUUUCUCUACUUCUUUUUCAUCUUCUUCGUCGUCGUCGUCCUCCUCCUCUUUUUCUUCUUCUUCUUCUUCUUCUUCUUCUCUUGUUCCUCUUCUGCUUUUUCUUCUUCUUCUUGUACUUGUUGUUGUUGUUCUUCAACAACUUCUUUUUUCUUCCUUUCUCAUCUUCUUUUUCUUUAUCCUCUUCUUCAUUUUCUUCUUCCUCUUCCUCUAAUUCUUCUUCCUCUUCUGAUUUCUUCUUUUUCUUCUCCUUCUUCAUUUGUUUUGUUCUUCUUCUUCUUCUUCUUCUUCUUCUUCUUCUUCUUCUUCUUCUUCUUCUUCUCUCCCUCCAUCCUCUUCUUUUUCUUCCAAUUGUUCUUCCUCCUCGUCAUCUCGCUCUUUUUCUUUUUCCUCUUCGUCUUCUUGCUCGUCUCUUCUUCUUUUUUAUCUUCUGCCUUUUCUUCUUCUUCUUCUUCUUCUUCUUCUUCUUCUUCUUGUACUUGUUGUUGUUCUUCUUCAACUUCUUUUUCUCCUCCUUCCUCUUCUUUUCUUCCUCUUCUUCCUCCUUCUAUUCUUCUUCCUCUUUUUCUUUUACUCUUCUUCUUCUUCUUCUUCUUCUUCUGA